GCCUCAUCGUCACCUGAAAAGAGAGCACUAGUUCCUAUUCCGCUUCCACACACACUGAUUUUCAAUUUUACCGUGUUGUUGAAAGUACAUGUCUUUUCCUUUUGACCGACCAUCGUUAAAGCUCAUCGAAAUAUUAAGUGCAGCAAGAGGAAUUCGACACAACUUUUGGACUUGGAGUUUUUCGCUUAUUAUUUCGAAGUUCGACGUUCAACCGUGCUGAAUGCGCACUGUUGAAUGAAGCCAUGAAGUUUCUGCACAUUUUUGCAGUAUUUUACUACAUCAUUAUCCUAAAAAUUCUAUCUCAUCAUCUCACAGAGGCCAUGCAAUUUUCGCACUCUCUUUCUAAAGGAAAAACUUUUUUACUUUCAAACCUCUCCUCCCGUACGAGACAAUCCUCAGCUUCCAUUGGUGGAUCAUCAUUCAGGACUGACGGCUCGACUGUUGAUGACACCGAGACGCCGCGACAGGGUGCUACGUCAGGGCUGAUGCUAAAUAAAUCCAUCUCGAGUAAACUCAAGUCUGUCUUUUCCAAAAAAUAUAGUCAUCUUAGCAAAGAGGAAAAGGAAGAACUACAAAAGAAACGCGAUGCUGAGGACUUUCGACGAGCAUACGCGUCUAGAACAAGUUAUCGCCAUGAAAAAAAAUGGAGGGAAUGCUGGCAUCACUGCAGGGAUAGCUAUGGCUACUUCGUUGAUCCUAGGACACUAGUAAGCCACACGAUUGCGGAGGAGGAGCUAAUAAUAGAGAAUCAAUGCAUAUUCACGAACCUAAAAUGUGUGUGCAAGUUGUCGCAGCCGCUUUCCGACCUGUUCUUGUUUUGGAGAUUACAGCUUGGAGAUUUUCGGGAAAUGAACAUGAAUUUCAAGAGGAAGGAAGUCUUUGAGUUACUUAAGGUGGAAGGAGUGCAGGUUUACGGUCGCGAGGACUUGAAGAAAUUGGUGUUUGAUAGUUUUCAUAAGCUUGGCGUGGCAUACGACGAAGAAAGUAAAGUUGAGGCGGAGAAGAGAUUGUGGAGAGCACGGCAGAAGAAAACAGCAGCCCAGAACACCCAGUCGAAACGUGAAAGUUCACAAAGACUUGAACUCGAAGAAGAUGAGAAGGAAACAGAGAGUGAGCUAGAAGUAGGUAGCCCACGGAUAAGCUCGGGAAGUAGUCCUCGGAGAAGUCCAGAGGUGAGAGCACGGCAGCGUCCACUGGAUUUACAUGGCGUUUCCCUGGCAACGGAGCCAUAUAGUAACGCAUAGACAUGUAAAUGGACUGCAUUUUGCAAUUUGGAACUAUAAAUUAUAGCCCGGUUUUAAAACAACGUAUAUGCCAUUA